AUUGUAUAAAUUUAUAAAAACACAUGUUGGAUGGUCGGACAAAGACUUGAGGGUCACUUAUCCAAAGAGAAACACAUUAAAUCAGCUGUCUUAGGUAAACCUUUUAAAGUAAGGUUGUAUUAUAAUUAUUUUCAUUUCUUUAUGUGUUUCAUAUCGUUACAAUGGCUUAUACACUACAAGUACAUGGGGAGAAGAGGGUGUACCCGAUUCCAAACGGGCUUUACGAAUUGAUGAGUGAUAUUGCGAGAGAGGUUCUCAGGAAUCAACCGUGCCACAUUGUAUCAUACAUCGCUGAAUACUUGGAAGCUUUGAUAAAGACAAAGACGCUCACAAAGGUCGCUUUGAAGGAAGUAGACGAUGUACUCUGCGGGGAAGAUCCUUGCGUUUCUCUGUGCAUCAGUUUUGGUGUGUCCUUAGACGUCGCCAAUCGUGCAGCAGCUAUUAUUCAGGCUGCGUUUUUGGGCUAUUUGGCAAGGAAAAAAAUGAAAAAACCGAGCUACGAAUUCGCUCCAGUUAACCCACCCACUGAAAUCACACUGGACAAAUUUUUAGAGGCUCACAAGAUAUCCUUUCUUCAAGCUACUGACGCCGCUAUCAAAAUACAGGCUUCAUGGAGAGGGUUUGCAGUAAGGAAACGCUUGAGAAGGGAAAAAGAACACGCUACUGCGCCGGACCAAUAUACAGUGGAAAGUUGGAAUCACGACUGGCUCUGGAAAGAAUUCGAAAUUACACCAGACAGUGAAGAAGCUUUGGUAUUCCACAAGGAGAAUCUCUUACCUAAACGUGUAUUUGAAAAAUCCAAAUAUCUCCCAAGGCGUAACAUCACAAUCGAUCACCAUAAGCUUAAAACUUUGUUCCGCGGAGAAAGAGAAGACUACGAACAAUUGGAUAACAGCGACUUUUCCGAUAGAGGCUCGAGGGAAAUGGAAUCUUGGGGAGAAGAGCAAGAAGCAUUUGUUGAAACACCUGCUUCAAAAGUUCAAGGAGAUGUUUAUGAAGAGAAAGACGUGAAAAGAAAGAAGCCCAAGACAGGAGGAAGUGGGGAAGGAGAUACCAUUUCGCAAGGAGGGACUCAGGACGAGUUCGCUGAAGAAUUCCGUAAAUCAUCAUCGUCGGUGGCUUCUAUCAAAGGAGAUGCCCUCGAAGAUAGAAUACCCGAAGAACACGAUAAAUCUUCCUAUCUACCAGAGACGCUGUCCAAUCCUACUUUCAUUCCUGAGGAAGAAUCGUCUUUUCAAGACACUUUGGGUACAGUUCGCACCUCUUAUCAUAUGGAAGGGGAAGGAGAACUUGAUCUGACUGCCGAUUCCGAAGACGAAGCAGGAAAUAUGGCGGAAUUCCGUCCACCGGUAGCGCCCUCAACUCUUAUGGACGAAACUGAAUAAUAGUAAUUUUUGACAAAUUAAAAGUGUUAGAAAAUAAAACGAUUCCUCAUCAGA